UGCCUGGUAGCUUAUAAGCAACCGAUCGAGCUUGUGAUGAUAAACUAAGCUGGUUCAGAAGAACAAUUGCGCUGCAGAGCUCCAGAAAGUGCUGAGCUAGACAUUAACUUCCCAUGGCAGAUCUCGUCAUGCUAGAGACGCCUCCGACGGCAUGGCUUCUAUUCCUCUUCCCGCUUUUCCUCUUGUUUGUGUUUUAUUACUGGUUCACUUGGAAGACAGGAAAAAGGCAACAGCUUGCAGGCAGACUCCCGCCAUCACCAUCGGCGCUGCCCAUCAUCGGCCACCUGCACCUCCUCGGCUCGCUCCCGCACGUCUCGCUCCGCAGCCUCGCCAGGAAGCAUGGCCCUGACGUGAUGCUCCUCCGUCUUGGUGCCGUGCCGACGCUCGUCGUGUCGUCGCCGCGUGCCGCAGAGGCCCUGCUGCGCACGCACGACCAUGUCUUCGCGUCACGGCCACACUCCAUGGUCACCGACAUCCUCAUGUACGGCUCGUCCAACAUCGGCUUUGCGCCAUAUGGCCAAGGCUGGCGGCAGGCAAGGAAGCUCCUCACCAACCACAUGCUGAGCGUUAGAAAGGUGCAGUCUUUCCGCAGCGCCAUCAUGGAGGAGGUAAGUUUCAAUGACUUUCUAGUUUUCGCCACACCACAUUUGAUAGAAUUAUUUUUAAUAUCUCGGCGUGAAACACAUUAUGAAGACAUAUAAUUGAAAAAUGCAUAA